GCCAUUCUGCUCCCCCUCCCUUUGGCUGCUCGCCUACUCGUCUUCUACAUCUCUCUCUCGCCCACUUCCUUCAGUGUCACGCUCCUUCCUAAUUCUGUGCGUCUACAAAGUUUUGAGCGGAAUUUUUGCCUCGGCAAACAAGUCCCCCCCAGCUCCUCCAGCUAAUUCCCGCGGCUUCUCUCCAGACACCAGCGCCAGACAGUGAGUGAUGCCUCUCGGGUUGUGAUUCCAGCCCGGAAACUCAAAGGAGCCCUUUGCCCUCCGUCCUACUUGGCAGCCAACACUCUCCUAGCAGCGAAUGACCAUGUGUAGCGGAGUGAGGCUGGCCUUGCUGGUCUACGGGAUAAUAAUGCAUAGCAGCGUCUCCUGCUCACCUGCCGCCGCUGGACUCCGUUUUCCUGGAAUCAGGCCAGAAGAUGAGGCUUACGACCAGGACGGGAACCCGUUGCAUGACUUCUACGACUGGGACCCCCCGGGCGUAGGGAGCCCCGCCUCCGCGCUGCGUGACGCCUAUGCCCUCUACUAUCCUGCUGACAGGAGAGAUGUCGCCCACGAGAUCCUUAACGAAGCCUACCGCAAAGUCUUGGACCAGCUGUCCGCCAGGAAGUACCUGCAGUCGGUCGUGGCCAGGGGCGUGGGCGAGAAUCUAGGCGGCGGCGCAGCGGACGACCGGGCACCCCUUACCAAGCGCCACUCGGACGGCAUCUUCACCGAUAGCUACAGCCGUUACCGAAAACAAAUGGCUGUCAAGAAAUACUUGGCGGCCGUGCUAGGGAAAAGGCCUGAAGGUACCAAAAAUGGCCGUUUGCUACUGUACAAAAAACGAUGCCCUGCUUCAGGGGAAUUCUGAGACUCUCAGCCCAGAAGGAAAUUCUAAUUAAUCAACAGCUCUAUCCAAAUUGUGCUUCUCCCCAGAAUUUACGUCAUUCUCUGGGAGAAAAGUUGAGGAAUUGUACAGAGGAGAUCGGCUUGGAGAUAAAGCUCUCUUUUCUGUACUUCCUGAUUCUCCAGGGAACCGACUAUCCCAAGGUUAGGGCAAUUGGAACCAGGUGAAAGAAGUAGAGGCGGAUUGGAGGAGGCAGAGCGUGGGUGGCAGAGGAAGACUCUGCAGAGGGACUGGUUUGAGAACUGCCCCAGGUCUGAGAAUCUGGGGGCAAGUCCAACCCCUUUGUAGGUUCCACUGCCUGACAAGUUGGGUGCUGGAUAUUGGAAUCGAGUGCAAAGUACAAUGUGUUUUUCUCCAGUGCUGUCUGUCCAUGCUUCUCGUUUUGUGAAAUGGCCAGGAUCCCCCUCUUUGAAUCCUCUUCUGUAGAAGCCACCCCUGUUCUUUGUGGUUUUUCUGGAGAACUCUCCUUUCUACCCCUACCCUCCUGCAUUGUUUAAGAAUCAUUUGCCAUUUUCACUUCUCUUAAGUUUGUGAAUGCUACUCAUUUUUUGUUGUUGUUUGAUGCAAGCAGUGACUGUGAAGUUUAGGAACCCCUGUGUAGCUACCACGAAGUAAUUAUGCACUAAAUAUGAACCUUUUGUUUCUUGUUUAUUGAGUUUGUAGGUAAAAUGUAUUUUUCUACAUUAUGGCUUAUUGCUUAGUAAAAUUGUUUCAUAAAACCAAUCUUUGUCAUAUUAGAAUGUGUAGUGUUCCAAUAUUGCUCAGUUUGACUAACUGAUAAAUCAUUUAAACCCCAUCUUCAUAUGUAUGAGUACUAUCUUAUAUCUCUGGUCAAGAGUGGGGUAAGCAGGAUCCCACAUUCACUCUUGUAUCCUGUCUUGGCUAAAGAAAGCAUGUCUGUUUCUUGUCAAUUUCUUGAACAUAUGUGGAGUAAUCUUUAUAAACAAAAGAACCUUCACCCAGUAACCAGAUCAAGCAACAACAAACCAGCAAGUCUCCAAAUUUUAGGUACAAAUUUUCAAAAAAUAAAAAAAAAAAACAAAAACAGAAAACAGAAAAAAAAACCCAUUAGUUUGUAAAGUUUAAAGUACUUUUCAUUUUUCCUGUACAGAUUUGGUUAGUAUGAAGUCAGGCAUCUAAAAAAACAGAACUGUAUUUGCAUUCCC